UGUUUUUUAUUAGUACUAGAAUAUUGAAAAAAAAAUAAAUAACAACAAUUGGAUAUUUUUACAGAAAUGGAAAAAGUUUUUGGAGUAUUAGAAAAAGAAUUCGAUAGUAAUGAUUUAUAUCAACAAGUCGUACGUUCAAUUGGUACUAAUGACGGUAUUCUGAAAAAAAUUUAUAAUAAUGAUAAAGCAGCAUUUGAUAGAAAUAUAAUAAAUAAAAUAAUCCAAUUAUGUCAAAAAAAAGAGUACGGUAUAAAUGAUCUACUUGAAUUAGAAGAUAUUGUUAAGUUGUCAAUAUUCACAGAAUAUAUUGAAGAAAAAAAUAUCGAACGUUUAAGUAUAUUGGAAAAAUAUUUAGAUGCUUAUCUAUCAGCUAUUUGUAAAUACAAAAAUUUAAACUUUUUUAUGAUACGUAAUAAAUUAUUGCCACUAUUACGUGUUAGAACAAAACCACCGGUAGGCGAAUUGGACAUUCUAUCAAAGGGCAAAGUUAUUAUGAAAUAUCCCGAACUUGUUAAUAAUCGUAAAAUUAAUAACAAUGUUGACAUUGCUCAUAUGAUACGAGCACAACAAUUACACGUACGUAAUUCCCCAUGUGAACGAGUUACUUAUGUCGAUUGUAAUAAUUCAUUCGGUAACAAACAAAUUGUCUUAACUGGGCCGAUUUUUACUACUGUUGCUACAGGUAUGAUUAAUUUACAAAAUACUAUGUUGAAAAAUGAUAAUGAUAUGGGGAUUAGUGUUAAACCAUUUUUGGAAGUGAAUACCGUUAAUUGGGAUGUUUAAUUCAUUUAAAAAUUAUUAUUUAUUUAACCUUGUCUAAAUGAAUUUUUAAAUUAUAAAUAAAUAAAUAAAAAAUUUUUUCAA